AUGUCUUCCACCAACUCUGACAGAUCCACGAAAGUGAGAACAGGUUCUUGCCUCUGCAAAGCAGUGAAGUAUGAAGUAGCUGGCGACCCCAUCACGUUCCGAAUAUGCCAUUGUCAAAACUGCAAGAAAGCGACGGGUUCUGCGUUCAUGACGAACGUCUUUUUUACCGAAGACAAACUGCGAGUAACGGAGGGACAAGAGAAGUUGAAGGUGUAUCACGACCAUGAAACGGCAAGCGGGAACGUCCUCAGCCGGUAUUUCUGCUCGCAGUGUGGCUCCAACGUUUUCCUGCAGUCGUCGGACAAGCGCGCGGUGGCGGGCAAGAUUCGCAUCAUUGCUGCAGGCACCUUGGACGAGGAGUUCGACUGGGUCCCCAAGACUCAACUAUGGCCAGAGCUGAAGCAACAUUUCAUACACGGGAUCACAACGACUGCAAAACUAUAA